GGUGUAUUAAUUAAAAACAAUUGUUGAAAAACAAUUAGUAUUUUGCAACAGAAACCGUUUACGCCAAACGGCAACAGAACACGAGUUUCUAUAGGACAAACUCAGGUAGGUCCCGCCCCGUUCGGUUCUUAACCGGUUUCCGUUGCAAGACAUGAUGAGUACAUCACCGUUUUGUGGAUUGUUGUAGCACGACGGACACUAUUCCCGUUCUCCGUAAUUAUUCGACCUUUCGCUGAUCUUGACUGUUUCGGAGGAUAGUCUAGUACCGCAAUUGAACAAUGUUUGCAGUCAGGAGUGCAUUCCGCCUGGGUGCAAGAAUCACUGAGAUUUCAAGACGAGGAUGCGCUGUCGGUCUUCCCGUGGAUGAUGUCGUCAACGGGCUUACGGAGGAGCAGAUACAACUCCGACAGACAAUCCGGAGGUUCCUAGCCGAGAAGCUGGCACCCAUUGCCGAUGAGAUUGACAAGAGUAAUGAAUUUGUUGGGAUGCGGGACUUUUGGAGGGACAUGGGUGAUAUGGGACUUCUGGGUAUCACUGCCCCAUUGGAUUAUGGUGGUUCAGGAUUGGGUUACCUAGAUCAUGUGAUUGUGAUGGAGGAAAUGUCGCGAGUGUCGGCAGCUGUCGCCCUCAGCUACGGGGCCCAUUCGAACCUCUGCGUCAAUCAGAUGGUGCGCCAUGGCAACGCGAAGCAGAAGGACAAGUACAUGGCCAAGCUCAUGACAGGAGAGCACGUGGGUGCCUUGGCAAUGAGUGAGCCCAACGCCGGAUCUGAUGUGGUGUCCAUGAAACUGAAGGCCAGGAAAGAAGGUGACCACUACAUUCUUAACGGUGGAAAGUUCUGGAUCACCAACGGGCCAGAUGCAGACGUUCUCAUUGUGUACGCUAAGACAGACCCGGAGGCUCACCAAAAGGGUAUCACAGCUUUCAUUGUGGAGAAGGGUAUGCCAGGGUUUAGCACAGCACAGAAGCUGGAUAAACUGGGAAUGAGGGGAUCCAACACUUGUGAACUUAUCUUUGAGGACUGCAAGAUUCCAGUGGAGAAUGUCUUGGGUCCUCUCAACAAGGGAGUCUAUGUGAUGAUGACUGGACUCGACCUGGAGAGACUUGUGCUCGCAGCAGGACCUAUCGGCAUUAUGCAAGCUGUGAUGGACUUUUCCGUUCCCUACCUGCACGUUAGAGAAGCUUUCGGACAGAAGAUUGGACAUUUCCAGUUGAUGCAAGCUAAGAUGGCUGACAUGUACACGCGCCUGGGUGCAUGUAGACAGUAUCUGUAUAAUGUGGCACGAGCCUGUGACAAGGGACACUCUAAUUCCAUGGACUGUGCUGGGGUCAUUCUUUAUUGUGCUGAGAAUGCCACUCAAGUUGCCCUGGAUGGAAUUCAGUGCCUGGGUGGCAAUGGCUACAUUAAUGAUUACCCCAUGGGCCGUUUCCUGAGGGACGCCAAGCUGUACGAGAUCGGAGCAGGCACCAGUGAGGUGCGCAGGCUCAUCAUUGGUCGAGCCUUCAAUGCCAUGUACAAGUAGACCUUGAAAUCUGAAGAGAAGUACACGCACUGGAUCACGACUCACCCAAAGGCCUUACACGAAAUACCAUUAUACACUCUUAGAAAGGUUUCUAAAAGGGUUCUUUGCCUGUCCCUGUGUAGGAGAACCCUGUAUUGGUUCCAGGUAGAACCCUUUCACUCAAUAAAGAACUGUUUUUAAGAACCCUUUAGUGAAAAGUCUCUACCUUGGACCAAAACGGUCCCUGUAGGAGAAACAGCCGAGGGAACACUUUAUGAUUCUCCAUAUCAGCUUUAGUCACGGGCAACAGGCACCGAAAUAGCAUCAACAGAUGAUAAUUCAUCUGGUGUGGACUUAGCUCUCUGCCUCCAGUGUUUUAGAUACAAUAAGUAGUCUGGUAUCAACCUAAUUAAACUGUAUUUAUCAUACUUUUAACAUUUCCUAUUUCAGUGUAACAAUUUAAUUUAUGGCAUUUAAAUAGGGUUUUAUUGAUUCUACCUUGCAGUGAAAUGACCUUAGUCUAUAUAGUGGAGGAAUCUAGUAGUGUGCGUCUGAAGCAGUGAACCAUACAAUAUGCUCUAUUAUGCAAAGAGUUCUUGCAAGCCGCAGCAUUUUUAAAUCAUGACAAACUUCAGAUUAAAAUUUCCCCCUUCCGUUAGUUGUUGCCUUCCAUUGGUGUUUCCUGGGUACAUGGCUUUGUACACAAGUGGCUACCAUUAACGACUUUUAAAACUAUCGUUAUGUUUUUAUGUUGUCACUCUUUCUUAUUUUUUUUCCAAAGUAUUUGUAAACUUUCCAUUUCUCAGUGGUGUUGAGCUGUGUAGAAAAUCUUCUCCAUGAAUGAAUGUGAAGUGAAGAUUGUUUUUGCUGACUAUGUACUUGUACCAAACAAUGAUUUUCUAUAAUGGAAAUAUCAUUGUUUACUUUUAAGAGCAUAUUCGAAUGGUUAAAUCAACUAAAAAUUGUCUGAUAGGAAGAAGAAAAAAAAUGCAAGAUUUGUUAAUUCCUCAAGAUUUUGUUUCAAACUAAGUAUCCAAAUUGGUUGGUGUCCUGUUUGUGUAGAAUAAAAAAUUACUUGGAUUUUGCA